AUGGCUACAGGAGGUGGAAAAGAAGCGACUGCACAGCGUAUAUUACGCAUUACAGAUAUUGCUCAGGAGCCACUUCGAUUUAUCGCGCCGAUUGGUGGCUACGAGGAAAUGCCACUUGUUACACUUGAAAAAGCUGUCGAACCACUUGUUUCUGUUUUACCAGCUGUUCAAAGCUAUGCUUAUGUUGCCAAACAAAUGUGUGAGGAUCCUGCCGAUGGACUGACACAAGAUGAGUCCGCCUCAAUUAUGUUAUACACAAUGGGGUGGGAGCCACUGGAUAAAUGCCUUUAUAUUGUUUUGAACGAUGCAUUACGGUCAUCUGAACGACAACAAAAACUUAGGCCAUGGUAUUUAUUUAUGAGACUGUUUCUCAGCGCACUCUUUCGUCUUCCAUCACUUACGAAAAUUGCAUACAGAGGCGUUAAAUUAGAUCUAAGCAAGCGUUACACUGAAGGAAAAACAAUCGUCUGGUGGGGUUUCUCGUCUUGUACAACCGUUGUUAAUGUUCUCAAUUCGAAUCAAUUUUUGGGGACGAAAGGUGAUCGUACAAUGUUUACCUUACAUUGUCUAGCGGCUAAAGAUAUUCGUAAGCAUUCUUAUUUUCCAGCUGAAGAUGAAGUACUUUUGAUGGCUGCUACUCAAUUCAAAGUAAUCGGUUGUCUUAAUCAAGGUGAUCUUCAUAUAAUUCAAUUGGAAGAGACUCGGCCGCCAUAUCCACUUUUACUGCCAGUGCCAAUUGUUGCUUCAUCAUCUAUCAAUCCAAUUCCUUCAGGUAAAUGA